CCAAUCAGAUUCAUUGAUAUUUACGUCCUUUACGUCCGUACCGGAAAUAGGCGGAACAUCACAAAUAGGCUACCGCUGUUUGUCCUGUGUAAACCCAGCUCCAGUAUGAGUGAUAAUAGAACCAAAGUGGUCCUCCUGGCCUGCGGGUCCUUCAACCCCAUCACCAACAUGCACCUGAGGAUGUUUGAAGUGGCUCGAGAUCAUCUGGAAGACACAGGUCAGUACAUGGUGGUGAAAGGAAUCAUCUCUCCAGUCUGUGAUGGCUACAAGAAAAAGGGUUUGAUUGAAGCCUGCCACCGUCUGGAGAUGGCCAGAUUGGCCACAGAAGACUCAGGCUGGAUUACAGUAGAUUCCUGGGAGGGCAUUCAGCCAGAGUGGUUGGAGACCGCUAAAGUUGUUCGCCAUCACUAUGAGGAACUGCUGGCAAUGGAAAACAACGAUGAUGUGGAUACAGUUAAGUAUGUAAAAAAGAGGCGCAUAGAAGAGAACUUUGAGGGUUCGGCUAGUCACAACGGAAGAGACGGGGUUCGGCUGAUGCUGCUGUGUGGAGCCGAUGUCCUGGAAUCCUUUGGGAUUCCCAACUUGUGGAAGCCGGAGGACAUUGUUGAGAUUGUGGGCAGCCACGGUUUGGUGUGCGUCACCCGCAGCGGCAACGACCCGCACAAGUUCAUCCACGAGUCGGACGUGCUGUGGAAGUAUCGCAAGAACAUCCACAUCGUCCACGAGUGGGUCACCAACGAUAUAUCAGCCACGCACGUGCGACGGGCGCUGCGUCGAUGUCGGAGCGUCAGGUACCUGCUGCCAGACGGCGUCGUUCGCUACAUCAAAGAGCACGGCCUCUACAGCGCUGAGAGCGAGCAGAAAAACGCUGAUGUGAUUCUAGCGCCUUUUCAGAGAUACUCGAGGGCCUCCUCGAGCCACGUCUGGCUUCCUCCUUCGACAUCUCAGGGUUGUCAAGUGACAGUGAGCAACAUGAGGUCACACCUCUCUCACACACAGAGUUUCUCACAAAACACCACUGUCUCAGCCUCUUCUCCGGACUCUGCAGCAGCCCCGCAGGUGGACCAUCACGCUUUAUUCCCACACAUCUCUGGAGAAGGACAACAGGUGAUCAACAUGCCUGCCAGCCUCUGUGGUACCUGGGAUAUGAUCAGCAAUGUCAACUUGGAGGGCUACAUGAUUGCACUGGGUAUCAGCCCUUUCAUACGGAAGAUUGCCUUGAGGCUGAAGCUGAGGAAGGUGAUUGAGCAGCAGGGGGACCAGUACAUCAUCAAGACCACCAGCAACUUCCGAAACUACACCGUCUCCUUCAGAGUGGGCCAGGAGUUCCAGGAGUUCACGCAGGGUCUGGACAACAAACAUGUCAAGUCGCUGGUGACAUGGGAGGGGAAUAAACUGGUGUGUGAACAGAUUGGAGAGAAGAAGAACCGAGGCUGGGCUCAUUGGAUCGAAGACGACAAGCUUCAUCUGGAGCUGUACUGCGAAGGAGAAGUCUGCAAACAAGUCUUCAAAAAGAAUGCAAACGAGUGAAGAGCAAUGAAGUUUGUACUUAUGGAGAAGCUGUCCUGUGAUUGAAGGCUUCAUGUGUUCGAUCCGCCACUGUAAGCCCCGAAAAGCUAAACACUUAAAGUUCAGAAUGUGCUAUUUUCUCUCUGUAAUGUGACUUUCCCAAACAGGUCAGGCGAAACUGUAUAAAGUCACACCACUAGAUGGCAUCACUGCAUUACUUUUGUCAGAUACUGGUCUGUCUGCUCUGUGCAGGGCUUCUAAAAAAUACUGAACAUGAGAAAUGUUUUUGGCUCCUUUCAGCUGGUUGAAAGGAAAUAUGUUUGGUGCUUUUUGCUUCCUUCAUAUCUCUAUUGUCUGGCAGGAUGAACUUGAGAAACUACAUUAAUGCUUGUGCUGUGCAUCUGACAUUCAACUGAGCUUUCUGCAAAAUUCUCAUUCAUAUAUUGUUUUAUAUAAAUAUAACAAAAAGUUAGGUGCAGGAUAUAUAUAUGUAAUUCAAAAUGCCGUACAGGUGUAGUGACAAAAAUCAGAACAAAACAUCGACGACAUCGUUGCCUUUGUAUUUCAAGUCUGUGCUACCUUACACGUGCUGAAUGCAGAAUUUCCAGACUGUUCAUAAAGUGUAAACGGUACAAUACAUUCAUUCCAUCCACCAUCAAGGUAUUUAUAUAUGGGUCAUAUCAGUUUUUAUUGAUUUAUUUUAUCUGCCAAUUUCAAUCAUCUCUUAUUUUAUAGAAUAAUGUUUUAUUUACUAUUUAAAACUAGUGUCUUUUGUUACUUUUUGCUUCUGCUUUCUCAUUAAUUGUUCUUAUUCUAGCAGUCUAUCUAUCCAUAGUAAACUUGUACAUCUGUCCUGUGUCAUUCAUCCCUUUUUUAAUGUGGCUGAAACUGCCCUAAUUAAGUCUUUUAUUCUCCUUUCCUGGUCUUUUUAAAAAAAAAAAUAAAAAAAACGGUUACCAUGUAAAACAUCAUUGCAGUGAUUUCCUGCCCCACUGACAGUUUAAGCACCCUGAGGUUAAUGCAAGAGUGUCAAACAUGCGGCCCGCAGGCCAAAACUGGCCCUCCAGAGGGUCCAAUCCGGCCCUCAAAGUGUAAUAAUUACAGAGAAGACAUUAACUGCAGAUUGUAAAUUAGUAAAACCAUGAAUUUUAAAUAUAUUUCUAGACCAUGACAAAUUGUUUUGAUCACAAAAUAAGAUACUAGAUUGUUCAUUUUUGUCAUUUUGUUUCUCAUUUUUGUAAUUAGGGUCCGAGCACCGACGGUGCGAAGACCCUAUUGGAAUGCAAGGAAUUAUUUAUUAUUAUUAUUAGGGUCUGAGCACCGAAUGGUGCGAAGACCCUAUUGGAAUUCGUCGGGUUUAUUAUUAUUAUUAUUAUUUUUAUUUUUUCUCCCGUCUUUUGAAUUGCCUUUUUGGCGGCCUUAUCAUACCCCAAAACGCAUCAAACUUGGCAUGCUCAUCAGGACUGGCGAAAAAUUGGAUAUUUUGUGGGAGUUGCGCAUGUGUGUGGCAAAAUGGCUCCAUAGCGCCCCUGGAAAAUUGAAAAUUUGGUCAUUAGGCCAACUUGCACGACAUUUCAUCUACAGCUACAAAGUUUUGUAAGCCUAUUCAGCACAUCAGGAAACCCAAAAAAGUCAAUCAUGGCCAUGCCCAAAACCCAACAGGAAGUCGGCCAUUUUGAAUUAUAUGUCAUAUGUUUUGACGAUUUGGGGUCAUUUUUGUACAUUUUCAAAAGCUAUAAAUUCAAACAGGGUAACACCGAGAGAGCUGAAAUUUGACCAGGAUGUCCUCCAGGCAUGGGUGAUCAAAAGUUAUCAAAAUGCUCACCUUAAGUCUGAGGGCGUGGCCAUGGCAGCCUCCUGAAUUUUGGUGCUUCGCCAUGAAACAUCAACUGCUGUGUAACUGCCCUAAACAUGCUCCAAUCUGCCUCAAACUUUACAUGUGUGAUCAGAGUCCAGUCCUGAUCACAUUCAUAGGCCGACAUAAACUCUCGGUCACAGCGUCACCUGGUGGACGUGCGUGGAUUCGCCGACCAGCAAGGAUGAGAUGACCCGUCCAACGCUGCUUGCAGCUUUAAUUUUUAACUUGAGUUUGGACUCGACAGUUUUUGUGAGGAGGUUGGACUUUAGGCUUUAUGCUGGAGGGUUGAACCCUGAUUUCCACGAUUUUCAAAGUGUACAGACCUCUUGAGUCCUGAGGAGAUGAGCUUUCACACAGUGUGAGGGCUGAAAUUUUCGAAGUUUCACAGUAGCUGUCUGUAAACUAGAACCUUCAGAUAGUCCAAGGACUCGUGUCUUCUAUGUCCAUGUGUAGUUGUCUGUUAGUUUGAAAUGUCAGAUAGUGUGAGGACUGAAAUGUGCAAAGUGUCUUAGUACUUCUCUGUUAGUUAGAAAUUUUUGUUUAAUCGAAGCCUUAAAAGUUGUGACCAUGAGUCUUGAUUUCACAUUUAGAGUAUCCAUUUGAGUUUUGGUGAGACGUUCACCUGUGUGCUAUUUGGAAAUGGUCCAGAAACUUUGAUUGUAUUCACUGAAAAGUAUAGUUAGUGGUGAUCAGAAGGUAACAUUAGUUUGAUCAAUGAUUUCAACUAUUAGUAGACUUUAUGAGGGAAGCCGUUUUGAGAAAAGAGUUAUUAGUAAAUCAACUCAUAGUGCAACCCAGAACAUUGAAAGAGGAACUGUUUGAAGAAACAACCAGAUGUUUUUGUUUCAGAAUAGAAAAUGUUUUAAGAUAUGUAAAUUUAUUUAUUUUUUUGGAUUUUGUUAUUGUGUCUUCUGUGUAAUUAGAUGUGCAAAAGUGUCACUGGUGUUUUUCAAAUUUUUUGUCUGUAUUUAGAUUCAUCUUAAAAGUGUAGUCUUGGUCUUUUGUCAUUCUGUAUGAUUUUAUAAUAUUAGAUUAGAUGUCCAAAUGUUUUGUCUUUUUAAUGUGUAAUUGUUGAGUGAAAAGUAUUAUUGGAUGUGAUGAGUUAAAAUAUUAUUUUCAAUAUUAAAUGUAUAGAUAAACUGUAGUAGUUAGGAAUUGUAAGAACUUGUAGUAGAUUUUAAUGUUUAAUUGUAUAUUUAAAGUUUUCAUAGUAAAUUGUGUUUAAUACCUAGUAAAAGUGUUAUUGUCUUUAAGGUGUUUAUUUGUAAAGAAACAUUUAAAUAUUUAAAUAAGUGUAAUAAUGUCUUUCACUUUUUGUUUGGAUAGGCGUAGUGAGAGACAGCUAGACAACGGGAUAGAAAUAAGAAUGAGAGCAACUCAUACAGUACGGGGUUGCGAGCGGGAAUCGAACCCGGGCUUCAGCGUGGGAGACCUAGUACAUACGUCAGUGGCUUAACCCGUAGAGCUAUAUGGGCACACAUGAGAUGUGCUUUAAAACAUGCAUAAAUGCAACAGAAUGUCUAGGGGUAGGGUUAGGGUUAGAAAGGCGGGUCCUUACAGUUGUAUAACAAAAAUAGGGUUAACAAAUAUUUAUACAAUUUUAUUUUUAAUGUCCAAACGAAGCAGCCGAAUAUUAAGAGAAAUAAAACCCCGGUUUUCCCGUUGGUUUUUGGCCGGUCUAUAUCAUAGCACGGCCAAAAUCCACCGGGAAAACAUCAACUUAAUUUUAAGAUUUUUUCGGUUAGUUUGACUUAAUAUUAAAUUAUGAAAAUAUGUAAACUUUAAUAUCCAUGUUUUUGUACAUUGCUACUGUCAGGACCUUCCUCUGUAACCCUAACCCUACCCCUAGACAUUCUAUUGGAUGAAUACACGUUUAAAAGCACAUAACAGGUGUGUCCAUAUAGCUUAAUAGGUUAAGACACUCACGCAUGUACUAGGUCCCCAACGUUGAGGCCCGCGUUCGAUUCUCGCUCGCAACCCCGUGAUGUAUGAGUUGCCCUCAUUCUUAUUUCUACCCCGUUGUCUGCCUGUCUCUCACUACACCUAUCGAUCAAAUAAGUGAAAUAGACUACAACACUUAUUUACAAAGUUACAUCUUUAGUUAUUAAAUAAACUUCUUAAAUUACUUCGACUUUUAUAUUUUCCUACUUUAUAAAUGUUUUCUUGUCUCAACUUUUUCCCUUUGAUUUAAUGGCAUUUUGUUAUGUCGUUUCUUUCUGGAUUCUUCUUCUUCUGACAACAUUUUAACCCCAACCAGGGGUAGAUUGGCCAUCUGGCGUACCGCGCGAUGCCCGGUGGGCCGAAGCACAUUUUUGGGCCGGCACAGAGGGUGUCAUAAUUUAACCAUCAUAUAUAAAUAUAAAUCCUUUUUGUCGAUCGCGACGGCCCAUUGGUUGAUUUUCUUGAAGGACAUUGGACUAAUCCAAUGAAAUCUCUCAGCCCUCCUCGGCCCGCCCCUCCCCGGCCUCUUGACCAAAGUCAUCAAAUCUUGCCGUUUGAGUUGGCCGGAAGUUGAGAGGAGCAAAGAUGGAGAAACGGCCCAAACGAAAGGGGGGCGCUGAAAAAUUGCGCGAAUAAACGCUUAAAAGCCUGCAAGUCGAUGCAGCAAAAUGCUGCUAAAUAAGUGACAUGUUUGCCGUUGCUUCCACUGCUUCACCUGCGGCAGCGACUGCUGCUGCCAUGAUAGAAAAAGAAGCCGAAGUUCAGGGGGAGUCGGAGGAAAAGGAGUUGGAGGAGAAGGAGGAGGAGGACGGAGGGAGAGACGUGACACAGCAGGGACAGAUCGACGAGGUCACAUUAGCUUUAAAACUAUACCUUAACUGAUUCCAGCUCUUUUUCUUUUCUUGAUCAUCUAUGCAUCUCUCUCUCUAUCUUUCUCUCUCUCAAUCUCUCUCUUCAUACUUUAAGGUUCCAUUUUGGUGAAGAGCUCCACUUUAAAUUCAAGUUGCUAAUUUUGACAGUUUGUAAUAAAAUUUUAAAUAAAGUCCCUGUGAGAAGUGA